UCUUUUCUUCACACACUGACAGUGAGACUGUGAGACAGAAGAAUGCCACAGGCCAAGAUGGAAGACAGGGAGCGACUGGCUUCAGGAUAUUCGUCAAAUAACGUGCCGAUCACUCCUCCAGGAUUAGAGGCAAUAUACUCAGCAUGCCGACGUCUUUAUCCAGAUCAACCAAAUCCAUUACAAGUCACAGCGCUGGUCAAAUACUGGCUAGGUGGUCCAGACCCCCUGGACUACAUUAGCAUGUAUGCCAACCCAGGGGACCCAGAUAGGAACAUACCACCACACUGGCAUUACAUCAGUUUUGGCCUGUCAGACUUACAUGGGGACUGCAGACUUUAUGAGCUUGGAUGUUCCGAUGGGCCCAGUGGAUUUGGUUUUGAGUUGACCUUUAGGUUAAAGAGAGAACCUGGGGAGUCAAAUCCUCCCACAUGGCCUGCAGCCCUCAUGCAGGCUCUUGCCAGAUAUGUCUUUCAGUCAGCUGCUGUGGCUUCUGCCGCCUCUGUCACCACAGAAAAUGUGCUUUGCAGUGGGGACCACGUGUCAUGGCACACACCCCUCGAUGGCAGUGAGUCCCGCAUUCAGCACAUGUUGAUGACUGAAGACACACAGCUGCAACCUACCUCAUCUGUGUUAGGAAUGGUGAACUUCAUACAGAUUGUCGGAGUAUGUGGAGAAGAAUUAAAAGCAGCACAACGUUGGAAUGGCCCUGGCAUAAUAGAACUACUUAGAUGUAAACCAUCUGCCGGGGGACCAUGGCUUGUGACAGACAUGCGAAGAGGAGAGACCAUAUUUGAGCUAGAUCCACAGCUGAAGGAGCGAGUAGAUCAGGGUAUUGAGCAGGAGGGUUCUAAUCUCAGCGGUGUGAGCGCCUGGUGUUCAUGGGAUGAACCUGGCGACAAUGAUAGGCAAAGUUCAGAUGGUGAGGAUGACAACAAGGAGAACAGAAGGGACAAAGAAGAAGAGGAAGCGGAGAGAGAGGAAAGAAGGCUGAGCAGUGAUGCUGAACGGAGAACCCUCACUGACUACGAGUCGGAACAAAUCAAAUCUACACUGAAGAAAGGGUUGAGCAACACACAUCUAAAUAGCAGACACGAUUCACAAACACAGUCGAGAAAAGAGUCCUUCGACAGCACAGUGAGCUCUGAAGGUCCCACAGAACUGAUCAGGACUCGGUCACUGGACACAGUUCACCUCAAAUUCAACUUAGAAGCAGGAUCAUUACUUCCUCUGGCACUAAGGGGGAGGUUAAAACAUGGUCGUCACUUUACUUUUAAAGGCAUCAUGAAUGACAUCGCCAUCACUCUAGUCUCCUCCUCUGUUGUGGGCUCCAUCACAGAUGAAGAACAUCCCUUUGCAGCUCAUGGUACCUGGUUACAGGUACUGAUCCAAGAUGAAGCACUUGACGACAUGCUAGAUGACUUAGACGAACUUUCCAGUCCUGAUGAGAUUUUAUGUCCCAAAACGUACAGCUGGCCCGAGAAGCGAUUGUGUAUCACAAUUUUGCCUGAUGAGAGUUAGCCAAGUCUUGUGUUGUGGUUUGUUUGUUGUUUUACUUUGUGAAUGAAGUGAGAAAAAGAUCUAAAAUUGUUAGACAGAUGUUUUUCUUCAGACUAGGCAUAGGAAAUGUCAAUAACUUGAAGCGUUGUACUGCUGUUGAGCUCCUAUGUGUUAAAUUUGAAAGAGCAUUUGUUUGAAAGUGGAAAUACUCAAUACUGAUUUUGUACCACUUCAUGUAUAUAUAUAUUGGAUUGAAAUGAAUUGGGAAUUUCUAUAGCCCUUCAUCCUCUUCUGAGCUCAGUGGAAAAAAGUACUGUUAUUGCUUUGGUUUCUCCUGUGCAUUAAAAAAAACCCUAGGGGUUUCUAGAUUGGGAAAUUUUUAUUGAAAGUCUCUGUCUUCCUGUUGGGAUACUUCUGUCCAGUCAGACAUAACAUUUAGUAGGAAUAAAGCAGCUCACUCCCUACUGUGUGUAAGUUCUAAAUUGUAUUGAUGGGGGCUUAUAACAGUUGUUACAAUCUUUCUUGAAGAAAGUAAAAAAAUUACUUACUCAAGAUGUCUUAGACUAUCAAAAUGUUUCUCCUCUCAGGCAUUGAGCUGGUCAACUGUCUUGUCAGGAAGAAUAUCUCUGUGAAUGUGAAGGAUACUGUCAUUUCUUGUACUUACCAUUGUUGCUGUACAUUUUUUGGAAUAAUUCUUGUUGGAAUUUUUAAUCGCUUCCAAGGACCAAAAAUUCACUCUGACAGCAUUAUUGAUGGCAUGUUGUCAGUUAAUGUGAACAUUGUCCUUGAUUUCUGACAUCUUUUUCUCUGUUGUACAAGUAUUGUAUCCAGUUUUGUGAACAGGAUCAUUUACACAUGAGUGAUGUGUUUCUUUCAGAGGCCGAGUGUUUUGAUUUUGAUUCUGAUUCUGAAUGAAUAUGGCGAGUGAAGAGGACAGGAGAUUGGAUAUGGUUGUGUUGAGGGCGGCAUAAAACAUCGACAACAGGGGGAGUUACUGACUUAAUCGAGCUAAUUUUGAGCUACUGGGUCGUGUUUUAUGGGCUCAACUUGGAUCACAUAAUUGCAAGACAGCUCAUAGUGGCAUUACUGUGUCAAAGCAUAUUAUUGUUGGUCAUUUAGAUGGAAGCAAAUUAACUCUAUGGUGGUCACCUCUUGCUGGGUAAAAGCUCUGACCAAUAACGGAAAGAAGUAUGAGGAAUCUGUUGCCCGUGGUGCGUCCCACUGAUUGCAAGCUAUUGGUGCAUAAUUAUGGCAGCUCAGGCAAAUUCUUUGCCUAAUGUUUAAUGUCAGUGGUAGAGUAAGUCUGAAGUAACUCAAUAAGCUUCUGAUGAUUGCAGGGAUGGGAUUCUUGUGUAUGCUCAACCACUAUGUGCAUUUCAUCUACUUGUGUGUUAUAAUAUUUUGCUAAGCUAAGAAAGUCUUAAUAAUAAGUUCAGGAAAAUAAUGCAUAUUCCUUGAAUUUUUUUUUUGUGACCGCCAGGAUUACAAAUUGUUAUGUUCAUUUAUUUUGAAACAUUGGGGAUUUUACUGCGUAAUAGUAAUUAAGGGCCUAGGACUCAUUAAUAUGACUGUAAUGGCACGGAAAUGAAAAUGUGAUUUUUGUGAAAGGUUCUGCUGGGCGAUCACAUCCCCCUAUAUUGUUGUAGGUCUCUGAAGAUUAGUUUUUGUUGCUUUAAAGAAGCACAUUGGCAUGAUAACUGUCAUUUACCACUGGAAAGAAGACAAAACAGUGAUGGAGAGUUACAGAAGUAGGACCUGCCAGUGGUGGCCACAGGAUUAACUGCUUGUUGGUUAUUGGGUGCUGAGUGUCAGUCGGUGAUCUGAAUGGCACUUGAUGAUGUGUGGCUGAUGUGAGAAUGUGGCACGUUGCUGUGUAAGAGCAUGGGACAUUUUUUUACAAAUAUGAUGAUAUUGUUACAAUUCUUUUUUUUUUCGCCAAGUGAAUCUUUUAGACAGAUUGGAGUACAGUGAACUUUGCCUUGGAUACUGUUAAGGAUUGAGAAAAAGCCCAUCUAUAAAUUGAACGCUUUAUCAGGUUCCCUCCUUUCCAAUAUUAUGGUCAGGAGAAAGAAAAAAAGUAUCAUUUUAUCCAAAGGUCUUUUAAUCUGAGCUUGUCUUAGGCAAAGUCAGUUUCUGUAUUUUCUUUGAGAUUCUCAUAGUCUAAUUCAAUAGUAAAUUAAUGUUGCAUUUACUAUUGGUCCGUGCUGCAGUCAGAAGAGAUAAUUAUGUUAGGAGUUUCAGAUGUAAAAAGGUCUUGUGUGUGUACUUAAUGUGUUCAACCUUCGACAUUGUGGCAUUUCCUUAAGAAUUGCAUGCCUUACCUUGACCCGAGCAUCAUGUACAGCGUGAACAAUUAUAACUGGAAUUUUGUAUUACCUGGGGAAUAUUUUAUUAUACGACAGUUUUUCUGUGUACUGAGUCGAGGUGAACAUGCUCGCACUUCUGGUUUUGUGCAAUUAUUUGUAUGUGUAUGUAUAAAGUAUGUUGUGAUUGAUUUGACAUUGACAUGCUAUAAUCAAAACUGUUGGCAAAAAAUAAAUACAAUGUACAGAUGCGACAAACCAAA